AAUCCCCCCUCCCAAAAUCGCUCCAUCACAUAAACCUGGGGGGGGCAGGAGGGGGGGUCCCUUCCGAUCCUCCCUCCUGACGCCCCCCCCAGCAAGCCCCCUCCCCCACCAUUGAAAGCCAUGAAUUUUGAAUUUGAGAGGGAGAUUGGGUUUAUAAACAGCCAGCCAUCGCUCGCCGAGUGUCUGACUUCCUUCCCCGCUGUCUUGGAGACAUUUCAAACUUCAUCAAUCAAGGAGUCGACAUUAAUUCCUCCUCCUCCUCCUUUCGAGCAAACCUUCCCCAGCCUCCAGCCCGACGCCUCCACCCUUCAGAGACCCGGGAGCCAAAAGCUAGCCGAAGAUGGGCCCGCUUUGCCGCAGCCAUCGCUUCCCGGCGCCCCCCUGGCCCCCGAGUUCCCCUGGAUGAAAGAGAAGAAAUCCGCCAAGAAACCCAGUCAAUCUGCCACAUCUCCUUCGGCCGCCUCAGCCGACCCGGCCUCUGGGGUCGGAUCGCCUGCAGAUGGCCCGGGACUGGCGGAGGCUGCCGGCGGCGGGGCGCGCAGGCUGCGCACUGCUUACACCAACACGCAGCUGCUGGAGUUGGAGAAGGAAUUCCACUUUAACAAGUACCUGUGCCGGCCUCGCCGCGUGGAGAUCGCGGCCUUGCUGGACCUCACCGAGAGGCAGGUCAAAGUCUGGUUCCAGAACCGGCGCAUGAAGCACAAGCGGCAGACGCAGCACCGAGAGCCGCCCGACGGAGACCCAGCCUGCCCAGGCGCCUUGGAGGACGCCGCCGAGGACCCGGUGACCAGCCCUGGCCGUCCCUCCGCCUCGCACGCUGCGCGGGAAGCCUGCUCUCACCCGCCGGAGGUCGCGCCGGCCCCUGGCCCGCGGCCUUUGGCUGCUCGCUCGGAGGGCGCGGGGGCGCCGAGUCCCGGGGGCGCCCCGCGCGGGCCGGGCGGGCUGGAGCCAGAGCAGUUGCUGGAAGACGCCUUCCCAGAGCAGCAGGACUCGCCUUUCCUGCCGGACCUCAACUUCUUCGCGGCCGACUCCUGUCUCCAACUGUCGGAGGCCCUCUCCCCCAGCCUUCAGGGCUCCCUUGGCAGCCCGGUGCCAUUUUCCGAGGAGGAGCUGGACUUCUUCACCAGCACCCUCUGUGCCAUCGACCUGCAGUUCCCCUAACCCGUUUCCUUCUGCUAGCCCUUUCGACCCCCGCGCCCCACUUUGACGAGUACCUGUGCUGGAAAAGCUGAGGACACCCCCCCAUCCCCAGUCGUAUAGACUUAUUUAUGUGUUUUGCUAAAUUCAGGUAUUAUCGAAGUAGCGUUUAAUCCACGUCCUUUCUUCUCUCUCGAAAAUGUUCGGCACGCGGGCAUCUUUUUAAAAUUACACAGAAAAAUUCCGUUUGGUAGACUCCUUCCAACGAAAUCUCAGGAAUAAUUAAACUUUAGGGGGGGGGCUUUCUUAAAAAGAACCAGAGGAAUCUAUUUUCCUCUUUUUUAAGUUUUAGACUGUAGAUUAUUUAUUAAAAUUCUUUAAUAGGAAGAGGGGAAAGUAUUUAUUGUACAUUAUUUUCAUAGAUUAAUAAAUGUCUUUAUAAUA